AUGGAUGGCUACAAGAAAACAAACGAGAAGAUCCGGAUCGGCAAUAGAGAUCGGAUAGUGUAUUCUAAGGGAAGAUCGAAGUAUGUCAUAUUCAACAAGGAGUACACCAAUAUAAGAUCGCCAGUGUUCUCAAAGAACAAGAAGAAGGGCGGGGCGCUGCGAUUUAUUUUAAGCUCUAGCAAGAAGCCAGGAGACAUUGCCAUAGAUGACACAAAGAGAAUAAUGGAUUACAAUAAUACAGAUGAGCUAGCGAGAUUACAAGACAUUUUCUCCAGCCAUCAGAAGAUAUCUAUGGAUGGAUAUGAAAACCUAACUUACAUCCAAAUGAAUAGUUAUUAUGAUCAUGCGAUGAAUAGAAGAAAUGAGCUUGAACUAAGGUUCAAAGACUCAAGCAACAGAUAUUUCACACUAAGGAUCGUUCGGUCUGAAAUAAGAAAAUCAUUCGUGUUCAAUAAUGACUUUGAUGUGCUUUAUUCAGUGUACAUCAAUGAUUCCAAAAAGGAUUCGGUGACCCUCACACUCGGUUAG